UCGGUCAUAAGAGUUCGACGGAGCCAGCCGGAAGUAGAUUUGUUUAUACCUAAGGUUUUUACUCACGUGUGAAAGAUGAAAAACUUUAAAAAACACAACAAUGGACCCAAAAAGGGAAAAUUUAAACCCGGAUCAAAGAAACGAGAGAACAAAUGCAUCGUGACGUUUGAUGACAACGACAGACAAGAAUAUUUAACUGGUUUCCACAAACGGAAGGUGGAGAGGAGAAAAGCUGCAGUGAACGAAAUCCGCAAGAAGAUCAAAGAGGAGCAGAUCAGAGUCCGAGAAGAAAGACAUAAAGAAUACAUCACGAUGUUGAAGGAGAGGACGGACGCUCUCGAGGACGCUGAAGACGACCUGGAGGACAGAAUCACCAACACCACAGAGUCUGUGCAGUACGACCAUCCCAACCACACCGUCACCGUGACGACCAUCAGUGACCUGGACCUCACGGGGGCUCACCUGCUCGGACCCGCAGCAGAUCCUGUUCCCGCUGUGAGCGAGGAGGAGACGGGCAAGGAAGAGCAGAAGGAAACGACGGCAAUGCCGAGAAAAGCCGGGAAUCCAAUCAUGAACAAGAAGAUCCGCUCCCUGACGGCUCAGCUCAGCACCUUCACCAGCAAGAGGAAGAGGAAAGGGAAGCAGGAAGGCGGAGGAGGACGAGGCCGACAGACAGACAAGAGAUCAGUCGGUGCGGAGGGAAAACACAGAUUCAGGAAGACCAGCAAGUCGCAGAGACGCAGGAACUCUGGGAAACGUGUGCACCAUCAGGACUGAGCGGGCGAGAGAGAGAGAGAGGGUCUGGACUUCUCUGGACUCUGGAGAACUUCUGCUCCUGUGUUUCAGAUGUUUUUAAAAAACGAGCAUCAGCUGAUGUGUCUCUGCUAACCCUCGUUAUAAAAUCCAACUCGUGCUGAAACAUUUGUCUGAGCUGUUUUUAUUUUGUGUCAUCUUUAACAAACACAAACUUUGCUGUAUUCACAUCAUUUUCUAAAAAAAAUAAAAGACAAAUCUCACCAAUAA